AACCUGAACAUUCAUUUAUAUUCUAGGUGCGGGUUCUGCAAAAAGAGCUUUUAGCCUCCACCUCUGAAGACACCCAUCCUUAUAAAGAGGAGCUGGAGACAGCUCUGGAGCAGUGCUUUUACUGCCUGUACAGCUUCCCAAGCAAAAAAAGCAAGGCACGGUACUUGGAAGAACAUUCGACACAGCAGGUGGAACUGAUCUGGGAAGAUGCCCUAUUCAUGUUUGAGUAUUUUAAGCCCAAGACCCUUCCUGAAUUUGACAGCUAUAAAACCAGCACCGUCUCUGCUGACCUAGCCAACCUUCUGAAGAAGAUGGCCACUAUUGUCCCUCAAACAGACAAGCCUAUGCUGAGAUUAGAAGAAGUGUCUAGUUAUAUUGAAGGGACUUUGAACAAGGUCCCAGCCCUCCCCGAGGGCGCAGACUUCUCUCCUCCAGUGGUGACGGAGCUGUACUACCUCCUGGCGGAUUACCACUUCAAGAACAAAGAACAGUCCAAGGCAAUCAAGUUCUACAUGCACGACAUCUGUGUCUGCCCUAACAGGUUUGACUCAUGGGCAGGCAUGGCACUGGCCCGGGCCAGCCGCAUUCAAGACAAGCUGAACUCAAACGAGUUGAAGAGCGAUGGCCUCAUUUGGAAGCACUCGACUCCAGUGCUGAGUUGCUUCAAACGAGCCCUGGAGAUCGAUGGCUCCAACCUCUCUCUCUGGAUUGAGUAUGGGACUAUUUCCUACGCCCUGCACUCAUUCGCCUCCCGGCAGCUGAAGCAGUGGAAAUCAGAACUGCCGUCCGAAGUGGUGCAGCAGAUGGAAGAGCGGCGCAACUGCAUGUUGGAGACGGCCAAGCACUGCUUCACGUCAGCUUCUCACUGCGAGGGCGACGGCGAUGAAGAAGAAUGGCUGAUCCACUACAUGCUGGGAAAGAUUGCUGAGAAGCAGAAGCAGCCGCCUGGAGUUUACCUCUUUCACUACAAACAGGCAGGUCACUUCCUGCACGAAGAGGCAGCCCGGUAUCCCAAGAAGAUCCACUAUCACAACCCACCAGAGCUUGCAAUGGAGGCCCUGGAGGUCUACUUUCGGCUCCAUGCAUCGAUCCUAAAACUGGUGGGAAAGCCUGACUCUGGAGCAGAUGCUGAGCUGCUUGUGACUUUUAUGAAGGAAGCUGCAGAGGGGCCUUUUGCCAGGGGAGAGGAAAAGAACACCCCCAAAAUCUCUGAAAAGGAAAAGCUUUGCAUGGUAGAUGACGACUCGCAUUCUUCUGCAGGAACUGUGCCAGGCCCUGGGACUUCCCUGCUCUCUUCCUCCGGUCCAGGUCUGACUUCCCCACCCUACACAGCCACUCCAGUUGACCACGAUUACGUCAAAUGUAAAAAAAGCCAUCAGCAGGCAACACCGGAUGACAGGAGUCAGGACAGCACAGCCGUGGUGCUCUCUGACUCCAGUUCCACCCAGGACACGUUUAUGGAGCUCGCCAGCCCUCAGGACAGCGCGAAGAAGCCUGUUCCAGAGGGACGGUCCUGUGCGUCCUGCUCAGAACCCACCGCCCCUGGGAAAGAGAGCCUGGGACCCACGGAGGAGAGGGGGAAGUCAGAAGACGCCUUGCAGAACUCUGAACCCUGUCGCACUGCUGAGCAGAAGCUCCCUCCCCAGGCACCCCCCAAAGCCUGCGCUCCCUCCCUCUCCCAGGGGGACCCCAAGAGACCAGCCGAGCCCCUCUGCAUGAGCCAGUUCACCCAGAGCCUCCCAGCGGACCUGGAGGGGCAGCGCACUUUCCUGACGGAGCACUGCGUCACCUCCUUCCACCUCUGCCUCAGCCGCUUCCCGCAGCACUACAAGAGCCUCUACCGGCUGGCCUACCUCUAUGCCUGCAGCCCAACACAUAAGAACCUCCCGUGGGCACGCGAUGUGCUGCUAGGCAGCAGUCUCCCCUGGCAGCAGCUGAAGCACAUGCCAGCACAGGGGCUCUUCUGCGAGAGGAACAAGACCAAUUUCUUCAAUGGAAUUUGGCGCAUCCCCGUGGAUGAAAUCGACCGUCCUGGUAGCUUCGCCUCUCAUAUGAACCGCUCCAUCGUCCUCCUGCUGAACGUGCUGUCCCAGCUCAAAGAUUACCCCACCUUGCUGAAAAUCUCCUCUAUGCUGCAGAGGACCCCUGACCAGGGAAAGAAAUACUUGCGGGAUGCGGAUCGCCAGGUUCUUGCCCAGCGCGCCUUUGUUCUCACCGUGAUGGUGCUAGAGGACAUGUUGCAUGAGCUCACAGAGGUCUCUGAAGAUCAAACCAGCCAGUGCUGUGGCGUUUUGGAGACCAGAAUGACUACCGAUGUCUUUAACAAGGCUGGUACGGACGAAGGACAGGAAACCCUGCCCCCAAGGCCAGCUUUGUCUGAAGGGGAGGUAGCAUCUCACGGCGGUGGCAGCACUGAGAAUGUGGCCAGAGAAGAGACCCCCCCGGAGCAACCUCUCACCGCGAUGGAGCAAGCGGAGGGGAAGCCGGAGAGAGAAUCGAAAGAAGCGCCUCAGCCGAGCCCUGCCGAGCCCAUGGAGUGUGAAGACUUUUCUGCUGAGCCUGAAAAAAUGGACACUUCCUCUCUUUACUCUGAGCCGGCCCGAGCACCCUCUGCUAAGGUCUGCAAGGACCAGGCCCCCGAGAGCCGGACGGCGGAGCUGUCUCUGGAGGACCUGAGCAUCAGCUCCAAGCACCAGCAGCUCCGGGCUCAGGCCUGCCCCACGGAGGAGAUGAGCCAGAAGCCCAGCCGGAAGAGGAAGCUGGCCGGCGACGCUGAGUCAGGGAAGACGCUCCUCCUGGAUGCCUACCGCGUGUGGCAGCAAGGUCAGAAGGUCAUGACCUACGACCUAGGCAAGAUUGAGAAGAUCAUGUCGGAGACGUACAUGCUCAUUAAGCAGGUUGACGAAGCGGCAGCUCUGGAGCAGGCCGUCAAAUUUUGUCAAGUGCAUAUUGGUGCUUCUGCCCAAAAACAAUCGGCCGGAGAUGCUCCCACCACACCAAAGCACCCCAGAGACAGCAGGGAUCACUUCUUUGCCACUGCUCCCAAAUCUCUGACACCCCCCGCGGGGACUGCUGCAGACACCUCGGUUGCAGAAGCCCUCCCAAGACUGACGGAUCAGCAGACCAAGCCCAAGGCGGCCUCGCCCUCCUCCUCCUCCUCCUCCACCAGCGGUCUCCUCCUGCCACCGCAGGAGCAAGCAGGGGUGGAGAACAUCAAAGAGAUGCCCCCUACAUCCGGUCUCAGGCCUGAAGAAGAAGAGAGCAGAUUGGAGCAGCGUCUGGGCGGACCGCAGCAAGAAUUGCACCUCUGCCAGCAGGGGAAGAUGGCGGCUGUCAUCCCCUCUUCCAGUCUGCCACACUGGCAAGUGGAGCUGGAGUCAGCAGGACAGACUGGUGGCCAAGCAUCUAGCUCCAAGACAGAACUUGGUGCAGAUUCGCAUCCUUUGGGAAGGCAAACAAGCAAAGCCAACAGUAGCCGAGUGAAAUCCCGCACGUUGCCCAACAUGCCGAAGCUUUUCAUCCCUUCGUCUGUCUCCAAAUUCCCCCCCGAGAUUACCGUAACUCCGCCAACACCCACCCUUCUGUCCCCGAAGGGCAGCAUCUCAGAAGAGACCAAGCAGAAGCUGAAGUCUGCCAUUCUUUCGGCACAGUCUGCGGCCAAUGUGAAGAAAGAGAGCCUCUGCCAGCCUGCCCUGGAGAUUGUGGAAACCUCGAGCCAAGAGUCUUCUCUGGAGAGUGACUCUGAGGAGGAGGAAGAGGAGGAGGAGGAAGAGGAGGAGGAGGAGGAAGAGGAGGAGGAGGAAGAGGAGGACAAUGACUGCAUGGACAUCUGAAGCUGGCCAGGGCUACUCCCAGGGCCUCGUGGGAAUGUGAUGGGCAAAGAGAGCCCUGCCCACCUGCCCUGGGAGCCCAGUGCCACCUCCUGCUUGCCUCUGCCUCUUCCUUUGCAACUGCUGCCCCCCGUCCCCCGGCCAGGCUCUCUCUGCACGCUUGCAGCCCUUGGCAUGCUCCUCACACCCGCUGGCCCGGUUCUCAUUUGGGGGAAGACAGCUUCAGCCAGCUGGCUGAGUAGGGCCAAGACGCUGCCUCUGCACUUCAGCCCGGUGCCGCCUGGUUCUUACUUCUCUCGGUGUUGUCUGAAAGAAUCCGAUGUCGGAGGCUCUGCCUUUGGCCCCACUUGCAUGAAGAUGCAUCAAGUGGAAGUUGGAGCAUAACCUACUGAGAAAAGUAAUGGUUUUCAGUAGCAUUUUGAUAAUGUCUGUUUUUUUACAGAAUGACACAAAAAGUGUAUGCUUUGUUUUUUAAGUAGCUGUGGGCAGACUGGUCACAUUUAUAUGGGAGAUAAUAAAGGAGACCAAGCAUUUUUCUACUGAAUGUUAAAACUGUGGCAUAAUUAAUGCAAAUCCUGCACAGAAACCAGGGUGUGUAUCACUUAAGCCUACAUGGAGUUUAUCAGGCUGGGUUCCAGUCUGUUGGGGGAGCGGUUAUAUAAAGGGUGUAAUACAGAGCUUUGUAUAAAUACACAUUUUUCUAAUAAAGUCAAAGCAUGUCU